CGAAACUGAUAAUGAGCUACACUGAGACGUUCCCUGGGCUGGCUGCAGUGCUCCUGGAGCCGGGCUGUGGGUGAGUUCGGAGAGAGCUUUGAUUGCCCUGGGGGACUGGUGAGAGUCUGGGCUCUAAGGGUUCAUCGUCCAAAAGAGAUCGAGCUUGUGGAGCAGCGGUCGGAGGCUCUGUAGCGGGGCGCGCGUUUUGCGUGAGUGACUUCGUUUCCAUUUUAAGUUCAACAAGAAGAAUGGCUAACAAUGUUCAAACACGCCUCUUUACUUAUGAACUCAAUAACUAUUGCCUGAGGAAAAAUAUGCAGGUUUCCUAUGAAGAAAUUUCAGUGACAGGACCUCCUCAUAAUAUGGAGUUUACAUUCAAAGCUGUAAUAGGAGACAGAGAAUUUCCAGAGGGUAAAGGCAAAUCAAAGAAAGAAGCAAAAAAUGUUGCUGCUAGGAUGGCUCUUCUCAUACUAGAGAAAGAGGAUACGAGCUCAUUUAUGUCACCUCAACCAUCUCAAAAUUCAAGUGUCUUGGAAAGUAAAACACCACCCAGUAUGGAUUAUAUUGCUCUUCUGAACCAGAAUGUACAAAAGAUGAGACUCACUUUGGAUUUCAUCAGACAACCACCAUCUGGAUUUUCAAGUUUUUCUUAUAUCUGCAAAGUUGGGAAGACAAGUUAUAGUCCUGGUAGCGGAUCUAGUAGAAGAGAAGCUAAACAAGCUGCAGCUAAGAUUGCUUGUCAGAAGAUGCAAUUAGGUGAUAUUUCACAGGAAAAUGAUUCAAUACCUCUUUCUGCCCAUGCCCUUCCAUGUACUGAUUCCAGCAAUACAUCAUCUCUGAGUACAUCAGCCUCAAAUGGUAUGGUGGUUGAAAGUGGAUUCUCAGAAGAUACUUCACAAAGAAAUAGUAAUAUUGGCUUACAAAGUAUUUCUUCAUGUUCUCCGAAAUCUACAACAGGUUGUCAACUGAAGGUUAAAAGGCUUUUGGCACCCACUUUUCAAAAACAACUUGACAAGAAGGAGAAAGAAGAAAUGUAUAGCUGCAAUGAAAGGUUUCUCAAUGAUUUUUAUGACAUAGAAAUACUUAGCAGAGGUGGAUAUGGCCAAGUGUUUAAAGGAAUUCACAAACUUGACAACAAAUCCUAUGCAAUUAAACGUGUUAAAUUUGAUAAUGAGAAAGUAAGGCGUGAAGUAAAAGUUUUGGCCAAACUUGAUCAUGAAAAUAUUAUUAAAUAUAAUCUGUGUUGGGAUGGAGAUGAUUGUGAUACUGAAGAGAGUGGACAUUUUUCCAGGUCAAAGAUAAAAUGCCUCUUUAUCGUAAUGGAACUCUGUGAAAGGGGAACAUUAAGGGAUUGGAUUGAUUGUAGAAGAGGUAGUGAGUUAGAUAAAGCUUUGCCUUUGAAUUUAUUUCAACAAAUAACAGCAGGAGUGGACUAUAUACAUUCAAACAAUUUAAUUCACAGAGACCUUAAGCCAUCUAAUAUAUUUUUAGUAGAUGAAACCAAAAUAAAGAUUGGUGACUUUGGACUUGUUACCUCAUUGAAAACUAAAGAUGAUCGGACAAAAGGUGUAGGAACACUUCUUUAUAUGAGCCCAGAGCAGAUCUUUUCCCUAGAAUAUGGGAAUAAAGUGGAUAUUUUUUCAUUGGGAUUAAUUCUUUUUCAACUUCUUUAUAUAAGUGCAACUGUUCAGGAGAUAUCAAAGAUCUGGGAAAAUGUGAAAAUGUGUAUUUUUCCAGAAGAAUUCAUCAAGAAGUACCCUAAGGAGCAAAUGAUGAUAGUGAAGCUACUUUCAAAAAACCCUGAAGACAGACCUAAAGCGUCUAAUAUUCUGAGGAUCCUGAAGGCAUGGGAGAAAGAAGAAAAUGGUAGAGAGAUUGUGUAUCCACAUACUUAUUAGGUGCUUUAUUGAUGUGGUUGUGCUCUUAUUCCCACCUCUUACUUAUUUUGCGAUUUCUGGAAUGUACAGAAAAGAAUUGUUUUGAUUGUUCUGUCAUUUAUUUUACUUGUAUCUGACUUAUGACCCCACUUGGGGGAUUCUUGGAAAAAACUCUGGAGUGGUUUGUCAUUUCCGUCUCCAGGUCAUUUUAUAGUUGAAGAAACUGAGACAAAUAAAAUUAAGUGAUAACUUAU